AGCUGCUGAGUAAGUCAUGAUAAUGCGUGCAACAGCGAGGAGACUGCCACAAGCUAGAAAGAAAAAUCUGGCUAAUAUUAGAUUUAAUAAAGGACAGACACCAUUAAAGAUUCUUAUUUUCAUUUAACUCUUCUUGCAAAAUGCGACUAACGCGGAAACGGUGGACUAUCUGUACGAUAAGCAUCCUGCUGAUUUUCUAUAAGACAAAAGAAAUAACAAGAAGUGAUGAACAUCAGGAAGCUCAACUCACGGGGGACAAUGAGCUCAGCUCCAGACUGAUGGUGAACGGCACGGAGGGGGUCCUGAGGAAAGGCGUGCCUCCAUUCUUCCAGCACUCGGUCAAGGGCUGGCGACUCAAUUCUUCUCUCGUCGUCAUGAUAAGGAAAGACGUCCUGCGCUUCCUGGACGCGGAGCGGGACGUGUCGGUGGUGAAGAGCAGCCUGCGGCCGGGGGACAUCAUCCACUACGUGCUGGAGCGCCGGCGCACGCUCAACGUGUCACACGCGCUGCACAGCCUGCUGCCGGACGUGUCGCCCAUGAAGAACCGCCGCUUCAAGACCUGCGCCGUGGUGGGGAACUCCGGCAUCCUGCUCAACAGCGGCUGCGGUCGCGAGAUCGACCGCCACGACUUCGUCAUACGGUGCAACCUGGCGCCGCUGGCGGAGUUCGCCGAGGACGUGGGGCGGAGGUCAGACUUCACCACCAUGAACCCCUCGGUCAUCCAGCGGGCGUUCGGCGGGCUGAAGAAUGAGACGGACCAGGAGCGCUUCGUGCGGCGGUUGACGGCGCUCAACGAGAGCGUCCUCUGGAUCCCGGCCUUCAUGGUGAAGGGCGGGGAGAAGCACGUGGAGUGCGUCAACGACCUCAUCCUGAAGAACCAGCUCCGCGUGCGGACAGCUUACCCCUCGCUGAGGCUGGUCCACGCCGUCAGAGGGUACUGGCUGACGAACAAGGUAAACAUCAAACGGCCCAGCACGGGGCUGCUGAUGUACACCCUGGCAACGCGCUUCUGCGACGAGAUCCACCUGUACGGAUUCUGGCCUUUCCCGAAGGACUCCAGAGGCACCCCGGUGAAGUACCACUACUACGACACGUUAAAGUACCGAUACUUCUCCAACGCCAGUCCUCACAGGAUGCCCCUGGAGUUCAAAACCUUGAAGGUCCUCCACAGCCGAGGCGCCCUAAAACUGACCACCUCGAAGUGCGCGCGGCCCUGAGGCCCCGCCCCCCUCGCCACAUCGAGCGCAGCGAUUGGCUGGACUCAAGGAUUUGUGAAGACCGCUCUGAUCAUUGUGACGUAGCAUUCGUGCUCAGGAGGGAGAAGAGAGGGAGAAGAGGGGCGGGGCCAUGGGGCAGG